AUGAGGGCCUGGUACUCUCCAAUUGUCCUCGAACUGGCUUAUCUGGGAGGUUGCACCAACUUUAUGAGCAGCUUGCCUGCACAAGAGGCGAUCGAGAGCAUGUGGACUGGCAACAUCCAUUGCAGUCCUCUUGCAAUCUUCUUUUGCAUGCUCCUGCCCUUUCUUCUCUACGUACCCCAGCUUGUGCAAUUCGGCAAGACUGAACUCUUUUCUCUCAGCUACAACCGCGAUACAAACGGUUGCCUAAAUUACAGAGUGCGGCAGUAUCUCAUAGGGUUUGAGGAGGCCUCUCAGCUCGGAGAGCAACAGGCCAGCGUGGCUCUUAAGGAUACCGAUGACGAGCAGAGUGAGGAUUGA